GGUGGUGGUGGUGGUGGGCUGGGAGCUGUGGGAAGAGGCACUGCUGGGCAUGGGCAGAGGCGGACAAGUCACCGACAGGGCCACGGACAGGGCCACGGACAGGGUCACGGACAAGGUUCCAAGCAAGGUUAUGGACAAGAUCAACAUGAUUACAGACACGGGCGGCAAGGUCACGGGCAGAGUCAUCAUCGACAGGAUCAACGUCAGCACGAUCAUCGUCAUCGUUCUCGUCGUCAGGCCGGUUUGGAGACUGACCGGACAGGAGGGGGCAAAGGUGGAGAUGAAGAUGGGCAUGUUGGUGUGCAGUCACCGCUAGUGCUCAAGGGCCGGUAGAUCGAGGUGGAGGCCGAUCACAGGCGGAACGAGGCCGAUCGUAUGGAAUCGCUUAAGAGCCUGUUUGUUUUGGAACCGCAUCCGCUGCUCCACGAGAGCGAUGAGUCGGCGUGGGAGAUCCAGCUGGCAACCGCACGACAGCGGCACCUACAGCGGAUUGCAGAGCGCGAGGCAAAGGUGGCCACGUCGCCGACCAAGCGCGGGCGGUCUCGCUCGCAGUCGAGACCCGGGUCGGGACGAGCGCGGUCGCGGUCGCAGUCGCGCCAGGGCACAACAACCAGUAGUGGCGAGUAUGUAGGGCCGGAGAGGACCCGCCGGCGAUCCGGCGCGCACGCACCACUAGAAGCCAUUGCUGAUAGCGACGAGAAUGGCGAGGGCGCUACUUUUGCCAAGCCUGUCUUGAUUGCGGCAAGAGCAAGACAACAUGGCACGCCCAGCUCGCGGGCGAGUAGUGGCGCUUCUGAGACCGAACAGGCGAUGGCCAAAUGGCAACAGCGAGCGCGGAAGCGGCGGUCCUCCAUCUCAAUGCUCCCAGGCGACGAGUUCUCCUCUUUGGCGUACUCAGCCCGGGUGACCGGCGGUGGCUCUUCGAGUCUGGCUGCUAGCAGCAAGAAGAUGACCAGCUCGUCGAACUCGGUGGUAAGCAGCUCGCGCAGUAGCAAGAGCAGCGGACGGCAGCGGACGCAGCGACGAACACGGACCAAGAACCGAGCAAAGACGCGGACCAAGACGCGGACCAAGACGCGGACCAAGACGCGGACAGGCAGCGAACGCAGCCAGCGCAGCGAACGAAGCGAGCCCGACCCUCCGCGGCUCUGGGCGCGACAGCAGGCGCAGCGACGGGCGGAUGAUGAACCGUCCAUCUUCUCAAAGCGAGCUGCCAAGGACGCAGCUGAGCAACGGCGGCAGGCCCGCGAAAGGGCACAUGCCGAGGCUCGACUCACAGUCCAGGCCGAGCGGGAGGCCGAAGAGCGAGCGCGGCGCGAGAUCGCUGCGCAGGAGGAGGCUGAGCGCGAGGCGGUGCGGCAAGCGGAGCGGAUGGCGCGGAUCAAGACCUUUACCGCGCAGCUUGCGUUGGAGCAGGCACAGGAGGCUGAGCGGGCGGCGGCGGCAAAAAGACCGCCGGCGAGCGACGGCUCCUCGACCAAGCGCAAGGAGUCGAACGAGAACAAGCUCGAGGUGCUCGAACGGAUCCGGUCCAAAAUGCGUGAGCGCGCCAAGGCUGUCCAAUACCGGCGACGGGUCCAGCAGGAGGCCGAGGCCGCGCGUAAGGCCGAGAUCAAGGCCGAGCAGGAGCGCCGCCGUGACGUGCUUCGUCGGCAGCGCGAGAAGCGAGUGGCCAAGCGUGCGCUCGAGGAGUCUGCCGCCCGCGACCUCCGGCGAGCGGCCGAGACCAAGCUCCUCGACUCGCUUGCCCAGGAGCGCGACCAAGUCUGCUCGCUCCUCCGCAUGCGUAAUCUCAUGCUCGAGCUCCUCGACGUGACCCUGCCUGACCGCGAGCAGCUUGAUGCUGAGGCUGCGGGUCUCCGCGACGAGUCGCCGUUCGACUGGGACGCCGUCGCCGCCCGCCAGGCCACCCGCCAAGAGCUUGUCCUUCGCCGCCGCCGCCAGAUGGGUAAGCUUCUUGACCAAAUGGAGGUUGCUCGGAGGCAGGAGGCUGUCUGGCUCGAGCUGGAUCGAGCACAGAUGUUCGAGGCCUCCAUCAAGGACAUCGACGUGCUGACUACUCAGCUCAAUCUGAGCCAGAACGCGUCACGCGCACAACCGGCCGCCGCGCUGUCAUCGUCCGAGACCUCUGCCGCGUCCGAGAGCGAGGACGGGUCGUCGCCGUUCGUGCCGAAGGCGUCGCCGCGACGGAAGCUCCCGCGGCCGACGCCGCCGUCGCCGGCACGUCCCAAGCGGACCAGUCACCUCGGCAUGCCUGACGCGGCCGAGUGCCUGUUCACGAGCAUGCCAACUCCCGAGUCAAACAUGAACCAGACUACCACCAGCAUUCGGUACCGCGGGCUGUCUAUGAGCAACUUGACCGGCAUUGUGACGCGUGUGACGUACGGAUGGUUUGUGCCGCACGGCAUCAACACCACGAUCUUUGUCUCGAGCAUUCCUAAUCCGGCCACCAAGGUGUCGGACCCGGCGGAGCGGCAAGGAACGUGGUCUCUGGUCUACAAUCAGCAGGCGUCGCUGGUCCAAGUCCCGCAGCGGCCGUCGCGGUACUACGACGACCUUGUCCCAGGCAUCCGCAUUGAGGCUGGAAUGCGAGCUGCUAUUGGCUUUACCGUUGAAGCCGGGUACACAUGGCCGAUCUACUCUUUCGGCAUGGAGCUGGUGGUGAGGUGCGGCGAGACAGACUACGACAUCGACAUGUUCUUUUCUCAGAGCACGGCGCCGCCGAUGUACAGCUACCGUGGGAUCGGGAACCUUGUCGGGCAAGACAUCGAGGUGACGGUCAAGCCGUACUGCACACAGCUUCCGCCGCUGUUUGAGGCGCAGUCGAUUGCGCCGUCGCUCGACGGAUACGAGGUCUAUCCCGCGGGCAGCUACACCGUGGUGUGCUCGACAGGCACGCCUGCCAUCGCAACGCUGACGUGCAAUGCAACGACACUGGCCUGGAGCGCUGGCGCGCCGUGCGAGUGCUCGCCGGCGCAGCUACCGGAUGUUGCCAAUGGCGGCGUGACGCUCAUCGCAUCACUUGCGCCGUACAUCGGGUACAGCUUCUCGUGCGAUGUGGGCUUUCACGCGCUGAACAACCCGAUCCGCAACACCACGUGUGUAGGCGGAGUGUGGACACCAGACCCUUUCACUCCUGCGUAUCCUGCCUGCGUCCGCAAAGCGUGCCCAGCGCUGCCGACAGUGGCCGGGCGGACGCUGUCGGCAACGAGCGGUGUCUACGAGGAUGUGAUUACCUGUGCGGGAUACUCGGUGGUCAACGCGGUGACGAGCUGCGCCACGAGCAACUACACGAGUGUGUGCGACGUCGACUGCGGGCCGGUCAAUCUUGCCGGCCCGCGCAACAAGACGUGCUCAGCGAGCGGCGAGUGGAUCCCGGCUGCACUCCAGCGGUGCACCAGCAUCGACUGCGGACCGUGCCCAGUGGCGACCGGCAACUCGACGGUCUCGACGCCAGACAUCCCGGGCACGCUCGAGUCGAACCGAUGCUUUACAUCGUGCGAUGCCGGGUUCUCGCUCUUUGGCCCGCCGGCGCGGGUGUGCAACGGAUCAGCCGAAUGGGCCAGCAGCGGUGCAGUUGACUGCAGACUCGACUGCUUGCCGUAUGCUCCGCCGACAGACGGGGUUGCGGAGCAGAGCGCGUGGAACGGAAGCGUCGAGUGCGAGGCGACGACGUAUCAAUCGUCGUGCGCAGUGGUGUGCGCGAGGGGGUAUGUUCUCAAUGGCAACCUCUCGCGCGACGUCGGAUCGCCAGCCUGUCUCGCGUCUGGAAGCUGGAGCGAGGAGCUUGCGUGCCUGCCGUGCCCGGAGGGUACGUUCUACGUGGCGCGAGCGGAUCGGGCGGAGGAGGGCGCGGUGGUGUGCGCGAUGUGCCCACUCGGCGGCGUGUGCGAUGGCGGCGCAAGCGUGCCGCGAGCGGCGCCCGGCUGGUUCCGCAAUGCAGAUGGGAGUUUUCAGCCGUGUGUGCCUGCGUUUGCUUGCCAGGGCGACAAUGUGUGCGCGACGGGCCACGCCGGACGGCUGUGCGCGUCUUGCUCGCCAUCGCACUUUCGAACGGACGACGGCGGAUGCAAGCCGUGCUCGCCGGCGACGGUGUACUUGGUCAUUGCGCUGCUUGUCUUUCUGGUACUGAUGGGCAUCUUGCUGUUCAAGCUCGCCAAGCGGGCGACGGCAUACUUUGCCUCGCUCUCUGUGGCGUUCAACUUUUUCCAAAUCCUCGCGAUUCUCUCGUCGUUUGAUCUCAAGUGGCCGCGGUUUGUGCAGGCCUUUCUUGCCUUUUUCAAGGUCUUCAACUUUAACGUGGCGAUCUUCAAUCCCAAGUGCGCGGUGUCUGGCGGAGGCGGCUCGCCGUUUCUCUUUGUGUACUAUGGCAAGCUCCUUGUGCCGUUUAUUGCGCUUGCGCUCUUUGGCCUUGGGCUCGGUUGCGUGUGGGCGUACUACUAUGUGUAUUCUCGGUUCCUCAAUCCACGGGCGUUUGACGUGUGCGCCGACUCGCGUGGCGACGUGAUCGACGAGCUGGAGCAUGGCGGCGAAGUCGGCCGAGCCGGGGACGACGGCAGCGGUUUUGUUGACGACGAUGAGGGGCCGAUGGGCGCGGGCCGGCUGGCGGCCGAGGCAAGCUCGUGCUGGCCGCAUCUCAGCCGGGCCGGGGCCGAGGAGACGAGCUGGCGUUGUGUCAACGCGCUUCUCUCGUUCAUGGCGCUGGUGUAUCUGCUUGUGACUGCGACGGCGAUGCAGAUUUACGCGUGCACACAGCAGGUGGACGGGCGUAUCACGCUCGAUGUCGAGUCUGCGAUCCUGUGCACAUCUGAGACGUACCGACUGAUGCGGAUGGCGUCGAUUGCGAUGAUUGUGUGCUUCUCGCUCGGGCUGCCUGCGUUCAUCGCAUGCCUCCUUGCAGUGCACCGGUACGAUCUGUGGCGGUACAAAACAGUGGCGAUGCUUGGGCUGCUCUUCCAGCGGUACUCGGCCAAGUACUACUUCUUUGAGGUCCUUGUCCUGCUGCGGCGACUCGGGUUUGUGGCAGGCCAUCUGGUGUUCCCGCAGUCGCCGCUUGGGCAGGCGAUUGUGGCGCUGCUGGCGGUGGUGCUUGCAGCCGUGGCGCAGGGGCUUCUGAAGCCGUAUCGGGCCAAAACCGUCAACUGGCUGGAGGCGAUGUGCAUGGGCUUUGGGAUUGUGUGCGUCGUGGUGGGCAUUGUGUAUUUUGCGGCUGGGAGCGCGAUGCCGUCGGGAGUGAGCGAUGGGCUCGGGGUCGUGCUGGUGUUGCUAAUCACGGCGUCGGUUGCGAUUAUCGUUGUGGCGAUCCUGAGCGAGGUCCGCAAGCAGUACCGGCUGAAGCACCAUGGAGUGCACUCGGGUUUUGCCUCUGACCAGCUCGAGGUCUUUCCGGCGUUCUUUGAGACAGACGUGUUCAUCCACACCAACGAGCGGUUCCGCGACGGGGCGACGACAAUGUAUCGCAUCACGAUGUCGACACCGAUGGAUGUGGCAAUGGACUCUGUGCUUCUCCUGCACCGCGAGCUUGUCGACUCGUCGGCAUAUGUGUGGUGGCAGCUGCUUGUGCCUGGCCUCGGGCCGGAGCACGGCCGGCGAAGUGGUGAGGCGCUGUCGCUGACGGCGAUGAAGGACCGGGUGCGGUAUGUCUCGUACGACGGCGGGCGGCGGCACGACUUUACGGUCCUGCUGGAACGACCUGCACACUACAUCCUAAGUGUGCGUGCGCGGCGCGACGAGGACUUUUUCCCGCGAUCGGGUGGGAAGAUGGUGGCCGCAUCUGAGCGGAGCGAGGAGCUCAUCACUUUCCACAUCUCGACCGAGUCUGGGUCUGUGGCGGAGCAGGGCUUUGUGGAGUGCAGCGAUGUGCUCGCGGAGCACUCAGGCUUUGUCAUUGCGCCGGCGCAGCGGGUGCUGACGCUCGGAUCGAGCUACGGGUUCAAGGUGUAUGUGGAGAGCGCGCGGUACGUGGCGGUCUCCGCGUCUGCGCCGGACCACCACAGCUCGGCCGAGUGCCGGCUGAUGCUCAAGGGCGGCAAGUUCCAGGGCUCGUACACGCCGCACGGGCCUGGGCCUGUGGCAAUCUGGGCCGACUUUGGCCUCGCCUCGCUGUUUGAUGCGUCGACGCCGCGCGGGCGGUCGGGCUCGGACAGCGUGACAGCCGGCGUGGCGUCGAGUGGCGGGAGCCGCGGCUCGGGCGUUGCGCAGUUUGUGGCGCUGGCGUGGUAUGAUGUAGUCCGUCCACACGCCGACCUCAUCUCGCGCGACGUCAAGCGCUACAGCAUUGCGGGGCUAGACGAGCUGGAGCUUGACGACAUAUACAUUGGAAGCGAGUGAAGAAGGUCUGGUGUGGUUUGCGUUCAUUUAUAGACGGUGGAGAAGGAGAAAAAAAAAGGCAAGGCAGAUGG